CUCCAUAGCUGGAGUUCUCCUUCCUUCUCUUGCUGUCGCUGGAGAAAGCUGCAGCCCAAGACGCUCCGGUUCCUCAUCCUCAAUCUAAACCUAGAACCGAUCCAAUUGAGGGUACGCGCAUCAGUCGAUGCUAAGAGACAAUGUGACUGCGAAUAUGUGAUGUCCCUCCCAAAUCUGAAAGGAAGCAAGUCGAUCAUCUCUAAGCUCUCGCUUCUUGGAUGAGGAACGGAGGCAUGGUGUUCUCCUUCGCCUUGUGCUUCCUUCUCUUUCUGUCGCCGGAGAAAGCUGCAGCCCAAGACGCUCCGGCUCCUCGUCCUCAAUCUAAAGCUAGGACCGAUCCAGUUGAGGUUGCGAUCGAGUGCCUUUGGAUCAGAUCGGAUGGAGUCGUGCUUGGUUAAUUUCUCUAGGAACAAUCUUCUUUGCGAAUCUUGUUUGAUUGCUUCAAUCAAUGGGAGGGUUGGACUGAAAGAUCGUUCAAAUGAGUCGAACGCAUCAUUUGGCUCUCACUGGCUUCUUCGUUGGCCCAGAGAAGAUGGCCCCGCCUUUCGAUUUCUUCCUCCAUUUCUUCAAAACCGUUCCUUCCUUCAAAAGCGACAUCAGUUAAUCGGACUUGCAUAGAUGAGUAUUGUGGUUAAUCGGACUUGCAUAGAUGAGUAUUACAGUUCUGUUAGUUUUACUUUACGAUUUGAAAAGGAGUUAUUUUUAAUUUCUUGAUGGAUUCAGGAAUUAUUGAUUGACUUUGAAUUCUUUGCUGAAUCUCUUGUUUUGCUCCAGUAUCCAUCCACGUUGACAAGUUGAAUACGCACAUCAAAUUUGUGAUGUUAUGCGAAACAAAUAGGUGGAGUUGACCAUAGCUAACUGAAGUUCUUGGAUUUGCAUGUAGCCUUGGCGUUGAACGCGAUCUUUGGGAGAUGGGAUUUGAAGGCACAGUCAACUUGGAAUAUUAGUGGAGGAUAUAUGACUUGGAUGUGACUGGAACUAUCCCCCAAGAUCUGCAUGAUCUUCCUUAUCUCUGGAAUUUGCGGCCACCUAGGCGAGGAGGCGGCCAUCAACCGCACCGUCUUUGUAUGAGACAAUGCUUUAGGUGAUAACUCAUCUCUUUUCGCCUCCGCCACCACUGUUUCACCACCACGACGCAUCACCUGGGUCUGGCGACGAGUCUGUAAGCAUCGUUUGAGCCUUGUGACGAGUCUGGAUGCGUGGUUUGAGCCCGGCGACGACCUAGAAAUGUUGCUCAAGCCUGACGAUGGGUCUGGAGGCGUCGCCCAAGCCUAGCGACAAGUCUAUAGGCAUUGCUCAAGCCCGACGACAAGUCCGAACGUGACGGUCGCCGGGCCGAAACGGGUACACAGAGAUUUACGGAAAAACUACCUUACUGGUCCUCUGCCUGCAUUUUUCGGGAACUUCACAAGGAUGCAAUACUUGAGCGUAGGGAAUAAUGCCUUGUCAGGACCAAUACCAAAGGAACUUGGAAACCUUCAGGAACUUAUCUCUCUGGGUUUAUCAAACAAUAACUUCAGUGGUACCAUCCCCCCAGAGUUUGGAGAAUUGGCCAGCAUACAAGGAUUAUAUGUGGAUAGUUCUGGACUCAGUGGAGAGCUACCGCAAACCCUGUCCAAUCUUAAAACCUUGUUAAUAUUUUGGGCUUCAAACUGUAAUUUCACGGGUAAAGUUCCUGAUUUCAUUGGGGAAUGGAAAAAUUUAACUGUCUUGCGGCUUCAAGGUAAUUCCUUUGAAGGUCCAAUUCCGGCAAACUUUUCUAGCCUCACCAAACUAACUGAACUAAGAAUAGGGGAUAUAGAAAAUGGGAGCUCUUCUUUAGAAGUUAUACGUGAUAUGACAUCUCUCAGCACUUUAGUAUUAAGAAACUGCAGGAUUUCUGAUACUAUUUUGUCAAACUUUUCACACUAUACAAGAUUACAGCAACUGGAUUUGAGUUUCAACAAUAUAUCAGGGGAAGCUCCUCAGUCCCUCUUCAGUUUGAAUUCACUUGCCUACCUAUUUCUUGGCAAUAACAGCCUAUCUGGAAACUUACCAGCGCAAAAGAGCAAUUCACUGAUGAAUAUAGAUCUAUCCUACAAUCAAUUAUCAGGAACCUUUCCCUCUUGGGUUAGCCAACAAAAUCUGCAGCUAAACUUGGUGGCAAACAACUUUGUAAUUGAUGAUUCCAACAGCAGCAUAUUGCCUUCAGGGUUAAGAUGUCUUCAGCGAGAUAUGCCAUGCUAUCGUGGUUCUCCAAACUAUUAUUCCUUUGCAAUUAAAUGUGGAGGCAGUUAUCCAGUUACAGCAUCUGAUAACACAGUGUACGAGAAGGAUAAUGCAAGUCUCUCGAGCGCAUCAUACUUUGUCACGGAUCCAGUCAGAUGGGGUGUCAGUAAUGUUGGAAGAUUUACAGAUGCUUCUGAUACUAAUUAUAUAAUUAAACUUGCAACUAACUUCCAGGGUACUUUAGACCCACAACUGUUUGAUAGUGCAAGACUAUCUCCAUCUUCACUUAGAUAUUAUGGUUUUGGUCUUGAGAAUGGAAAUUACACCAUAAAGCUCCAAUUUACUGAGUUUGUUAUCUAUGAUCGGCCUACGUGGAGAAGUGCUGGUAAUAGGGCCUUUGAUAUUUAUAUUCAGGGUAUUCGCAAAGAGAAAGACUUUGAUAUAAGAAAGGAAGCGGAUGGGAGAUCCUACCAAGCCGUUGUCAGGCAAUAUAUUGCUCCGGUGACCAACAAUUUUCUUGAAAUCCAUUUCUUUUGGGCUGGAAAGGGUACUUGCUGUACACCAUAUGAUGGAUAUUAUGGCUCAUCUAUCUCAGCCAUCAGUGUAUUACCUAAUGAUUUUGUUCCUACUGUAUCAAACCAACCACUUGGCAUAGAUUCAAAAAAAGACCACAAGGGUUUGAUUGCUGGUGUUUCCACUGGUGUCGUCGUUUUAGGACUAUUAGCUGUAUGUGCAACUUUUAUGUUGAUACAAAAAAGGAGAAGGUUAAACAGACAAUCUUCAGUAUUGAUUGGACUCGAUGUGAAACCUUACACCUUUAGCUAUGCUGAACUGAGGGCUGCGACUGGAGAUUUCAAUCCUGCCAAUAUACUGGGAGAAGGAGGAUUUGGUCAAGUGUUUAAGGGCAUACUGAAUGAUGGAAGAACAGUGGCUAUUAAGCAACUCUCAGCAACAUCUAACCAAGGAAAGGACCAGUUCUUGACAGAAAUUGCAACAAUAUCUUCUGUGCAACAUCGAAACCUUGUCAGGUUGCUUGGCUGUUGUGUUGAUGAAGACAGGCGAAUUCUAGUGUAUGAGUACCUAGAAAAUGGGAGCCUUGAUAAUGCAAUUUUUGGUAAGAAGAAUUUACUUCUCGAUUGGCAAACACGUUUCGACAUUUUAUUAGGUGUAGCAAAAGGCCUCACAUAUCUACAUGAGGAGUCAAGAUUGAGAAUUGUGCAUAGAGAUGUCAAGGCUAGUAAUAUUCUACUUGAUGCCGAUCUUAAUCCCAAAAUUUCAGAUUUUGGUCUGGCUAAGCUCUAUGAUGACAAGUUGAGUCACAUGAAUACAAAGGUUGCUGGUACAAUUGGCUAUCUGGCACCCGAGUAUGCUCUGAGAGGACAUCUAUCAGAGAAAGCUGAUGUGUUUGCAUUUGGAGUACUGGCGUUAGAGGUUCUCAGUGGAAGGCCUAACUCUAUUGAAAGUUCUGCUCAUGAGACAAUUUAUCUUCUUGACUGGGUCUGGAACCUGCUUGAGAACAAUCACAGACUGGAGAUGUUGGAUGAAAGGCUGGCAUCAUUCGAUGAGGGAGAGGUUCAUCGGGUCAUUGGCGUAGCUUUGCUUUGCACGGAAUUAUCACCGGCUUGUCGGCCAACAAUGUCAAUGGUCGUGAGCAUGUUGAUAGAUCAUAUCGAAGUUCCAGAUGUUCUGGAAAGGCCAAGCUAUUUGCUUCUUUGGCAACAUAGGGAUGUUACUAGCAGCGUUGGACCUAAUGACAACACUGAUGCUUCAAAUGAAAGUCUAGCGAAUAACCGAUUGAGCCUCCCACAUAGCUGGAGCAGAGAAAGCGUGGAAACCAGACCAUUAUCUAUGCAAUCAAUUGGAAGGAAUGCCAUUGAUGGGGAAGGUGAAAUUUGAUUACCAGCGUUGCAAAUCAGCACUAGGAUUUGGCUAUUACCAUCAGCGUUCGGUUAAGUCUUUGAUUUUAUUUAGAUGAAAGUUAAAAAAACAAAACCCCAACCUUAUUGGUUCUAUUUUAAUCGAACAAUAAGUUAAUUCAGCUUGAUAAAAUAGCUAAAGACAUGACCACCAGACUUAAAAGUUAUUUAGAAUUCAACAACUCUAGUUUGGGUCGAUCAAAGUUCCGAGUGAAUCCAAAAUUUGUCCCUUGUGGUUGAAUGCCCAAUUAGGCCAAGUCAGCCCAAUGGAAUAACACACUCUUAACUAUUUCCAGGGCGUGGUGUAGUGGUAAAGUAAAGUAUUCAGAAGAACAACUCAGAGUAUUAAAGUUUGAAUUGUAUUAGAGAUAAAUAUUUUAAGGUUGUCUGUUAAUUAUGUAUAAGUUGUGAAUUGUAUUUA